CCUUCAAUGAGCCCGAUGCAACAGGUGAGAUGUUGGGAUGGAUGUCUGAGCAUCGUGCUGGUGGGAAGGGCAAGUGAACACAACUUCACUUUACCCAGAGCAGAGGCACUGCAAGCAUAGGGGGUGUGUACCACGCUGUAACAGGCUAAAGAAAAUAUAACGUCGGGAUUGAAAUUAAUCCACAAUAUAUCAUCCUUCAGCAGGCGAAAGAAGAGCGAGUGCUUCAACAGACGCGGGACUGCGAGCACUUGGAAUCAACAUCGCUGUGGAGAAAUGACAUGAAGAAUCGUAUACCCAAAAUGCAGCAGUUUUACUUCAUUGGGUCUCUUUCCGUGACAGUGGCCAACUGACCACUAGACCACUUGCAAUGGAUCUGCUGGCCGACAGCAGGCCUGAGAGACAGCUCGGAAACUGCGCUUGCCCCUGGGAGAAGGCAGAAAGCUGUGCCAGGAAGGGGAUUUUCUACCAAAAGGCCAGGCUGCUUCAACCCAACGAGGAUGCAUAUAGCAUCGCCCAACUCAAUGACAGAACCUCUGUUAUCGUCAACGUCGGAGGCAAUAAGUAUCAGAUUCCAUGGACUACACUGGACCAGAUCCCUUUAACACGCCUGGGCAGGCUUAAAGCCUGCAGCAAUUAUGAGGAAAUCAUGGAUAUCUGUGACGAUUACGAUGUAAACCACAACGAGUUUUUCUUUGACCGAAAUCCUUGUGCCUUCAGAACCAUCAUGACGUUCCUGACCGCUGGAAAGCUGAGGCUCCUCCGAGAAAUGUGUGCCCUCUCCUUCCAGGAGGAGCUGGUUUACUGGGGCAUUGAGGACGAAAAUCUGGAGUGGUGUUGUCGCCGGAAACUGUACCAGAAAGUGGAGGACCUAGAAGAAAUCAAGAGAUUUGAAGUGCUCCUUACUGAAGAACCACAGGGUGCCUUUGAUGAGAUGACUCGGCUGGGUCAUUGCAUGAAGCAGCUCAGGGACAUGGUGGAGAAACCUGAUUCGGGGAUCCCAGGCAAGAUCUUUGCAUGCCUCUCAGUUCUGUUUGUGACGAUCACUACAGUAAGCCUCUGUGUCAGCACCAUGCCCGAUCUGAGGGAGGAAGAGGAGAGGGGCGAAUGCUCCCAGAAGUGCUACAACAUUUUUGUACUGGAGACGAUCUGCGUGGCCUGGUUUUCAUUCGAGUUUCUGCUGCGGUUUAUCCAAGCACAAAGCAAGUGUGCGUUUCUGAGAACUCCUCUGAAUAUCAUCGACAUAAUGGCCAUUUUGCCUUAUUACAUCAGCCUGAUCAUUGAUGCCUUUUCUGUUGAUGGGAAGCCAAGUAGUUCUGGAAGCCUGGAUUUGGAGAAGAUAGGCCUGAUCCUCCGGGUGUUGCGUGCCUUGAGGAUUUUGUACGUGAUGAGGUUGGUGCGUCAUUCUCUGGGGUUACAGACGCUGGGCCUCACAAUCCAACGAUGCACAAGGGAAUUUGGCCUCCUCCUGCUCUUCCUCUGCGUGGCUAUGGCACUUUACUCACCCCUGGUCUUUUUAGCGGAGAGAGAGCUGGGUGCCAAGCAUGAGUUUGCGAGCAUCCCAAGCAGCUACUGGUGGGCAGUGAUAUCCAUGACCACGGUGGGUUACGGAGACAUGGUUCCUCGCAGUAUACCUGGGCAGGUGGUUGCUUUGAGCAGUAUCCUGAGUGGCAUUCUCCUCAUGGCCUUUCCGGUCACCUCCAUCUUUCACACCUUCUCCCGUUCCUACUUGGAGUUGAAAGAUCAGCAGCAGCGCAUUUCGAACACCAAGGCCCAGUUCAAAGGAGAUGCCAAGUUCCCAAACAGUGACAGCUCUCAGGAAACUGACAUCUCCUUCCCAAUGAACUAGGGUAAAACAGGAGAGUAAUCACACAGGAAGCUACAGACUGAACAGCAUUACAUCAGAGACCUUCAUCUCCGUCCAGACUGGGAAGCGACCAGCGUCUUCACACAGUUGUUGAAACCAAUGUUUAUCUUAUCAUAUCUAUAUUUGGGAUUGACUUGUUAUGGCUGAUUGCCAACAUAAAAAAACAAGGAAAAGAGAGCAGGCAAACCUCUUGCAGUCUAUAAUGUUUCAUACUGCAUAUGUAGUGAGAAAAUCAUUUGGCAUCUUAGUUUUGUACAAUGUCAAGUGGAAAAUCAAAGGAUGCGCAAGUACUUGGCAGUUAAAGUUUCUUGCAUAGACUGUGAUUGUGCUGGCACAGUGCAUGUUCUGAUAUUCUACUUAAAAUUGGCGCAUUCUUUAACUGAUUCAGUUAAUCAGGACCUCUACCAUCUGACAUGCUUUCAUUUUAUCUGGAGAAAGAAGUGAAUUUGAAUCCAUAUUAAAAUGUUCUUACUAAUUAUGACAGCCUCUGACUUCUCGUCUGAUAAGUUACAUAAAUACUACUAUAUCGAUGAUUUGGUGUGAAUGCUGAGAAUUAUGAAAUAAUUUUAUUUAAAGUUGAAUUAUCCAGCCUUAGGACUUCCAUUCUUGAAACAUUGCACAACAUUCCAUUUAGGUCAGUUGUUAUGCUUUGAGAAAAUAUUAUGCUCUGAGAAAAUAUUUUGCAACAUUAAAUGAAAGCUGGCAGUCAGGUACUGGAUGAUGCAACAAAAUAGUAUAUUACCAAUGCAACUGUGAGAAUCGAGCAGUGCUAUCAAUGCGGUGAAUUCAUGGCAAUGUGGAUCUUCGGAUCAUUGGUGAUUAGAACACCAGGAACUGUUUUGUUUUUCAUUUAGUUUGGUUUAUUGUCACGUGUACCGAGGUACAGUGAAAAGCCUUUUUGUUGCGUGUGGUCCAGUCAGUGGAAAGGCGGGGUAAGAUUACAAUGAAGCUGUCCACAGGACACGGGUACAGAAGAGAGGGAAUAAUGUCUAUUGCAGAAUAAUGUACAGGAGUCCAAUUAAAGAAGUCCGAAGGUCUCCAAUGAAGUCCAAGGGUCUCCACUGAGACCCAAUUAACACGGGAGAGUCGGUUAUCAUGUCCUUUGAAUGGUUGCACUGUUCAGUUGCAUUAAAGCUGACUUCUUCUGUAAUUCCAUUUACCCACCUAUGUUCAACAACUCUCAUCACUGCUACAAUACAAAUAAAUACAAAUUGAUCAAUGAGCACCAAUGUUAACAAAUCUAAAACAAAUAGCUUCUAGAUUUCACUCCUAAAUAAGUCUAAUGUUAAAUUACACUCUUAUUCCAGAAUCCACCACUAGUCAGAAUAGUUUUGAUAUCUACACUCAUGAAUGCAAUUAACAUUUCAGACACCACAAUUCCAUCACCUCUCAAUAUUCAAAUCUCAAAGGAAUAAAUGCAAAUUUAUGCAAUGCAAUUCUAAGAUUCUGUGCUGAAAAUUAACAGCACUCCAGAUUGCUGCCUGACUAACUCUAUAUACAUGAACUUUUGCUUCCUCGGUUAUGUAUUUUACCCCCCUUUUAGAUAAUCAACCUUGUUGAUUUACUCUUUAUGCUGGUGAUGUGAUCUUCUCUCUCUGUCACCAUCAGGAGUUGUUUGAGUGCCGCACAUUGAUCAUCAUCUGCAUAGUGCUGUCCACUUGCACUCUGGCAAAGUCCCUUCUAUAACAUCUCCUCCUAUGAGUACAAUUCUGUUAAACACAACUCAUAUAAAAUUAAUUUUCCUCAUGCAUUAUUAAUAUAGAUGGAAAGUGAAGACAGCGGUAGAGAUUCCUUAAGGUAUGUUAUUUGUCACAUUGUGCCAAACAUGGAACAAAUCCUUCCUCCAGUUUGAUUUAUGUUGCUCUGUCCGCUCUUAUUUUUGUUUAUGGUACAAAUGAAUGAGCUGGAUCAAUAUUUUCUUUAUUUCCAUUCUUUUUAACCUUUCCAUUCCUGCUUCAGGCAACUGGUUUGCUGAGAGUCCCAGGAAAAUCUAAGAAUCUGACAUUGUUUUCCAGUUACCUCUGAGAUUUGGAUGUAAGUGUAGCCCACAUAAAUAGCUGCACGUAAAUAGUCUCAUGCAGAAUAAAAGGCUCCUGGCUUCUAUAUAAUAAAAUAAGUUUGGUUCAGUUACAGUCCAGUUUCCCAGUGCCUUUGUUUUCAUAAGUGAAAAACAUUCCUAAUUUAGGUAAAAGAAAAUCGGUCAGGAAUUUAUUACAUUAUUAAAGUUUAAUUCAAAUAAACUUUGCAGAUAUUUAUGCUUCUCUAACAUUUUGUAGUUCAAAUAAUAAUUUAUGCUUUCGCAGUUCGAAAAAACCUAUAAAGUUGUGAUUAUAACUGUUCUUAACUAGUGCCAGUUUUCAACAAAGAAGAUUGUACAGAGAAUCAAGUCUCUUCUGGCUAGCUUCUAAGCUUGGAACAAUUUGAAAAUUAAUUGUACAUCUGAAUGUGCAGUCUAUUGCACAAAACUAGUUGUAGUGAAACAAUGGUUAGGAACCGUUAGGCUCUUUUGAUCUUCUAUUUUGUGUUGCUGUACCAUGAGAAAUCGCCAUAUGGCAUAGAAACGUAAUUCCGCUCACUAAACCUGUGCCAGCCAUCAUGUGCCCAUGUACACAAAUCUCAUGUUAAUUUCUGCCUAGAUUCUGCUACUUCUUCUUGCGUAUGGCGUUCACAGCCUAAGGUUAUAGAUCAACUUGUUCUACUUGAUCUUUUGUUUGUGCACGUUGCGUUGAUUGCAUUAGUCGAAACAGGGUGGACCACGUGAAGGUUGCAAUCUCCCACCCCAUU